AUGAUGUUGUCUUUGUCAAGGCGAUGGGCUGUCAAUGCUCAGAAAACCACUGUAAUAGCUCCCAAGAUACUCAAUCGUUCUCUUCAUCUUGCUCCCCCGUUCCUCCUUGACGACUAUGUUCCGCGAUAUAUGACACUCAGUUCCCGCGACGCAGCCAAGAAGCGUUCUUUGGCGUACGACAAGACAGGCAUGUGCCUCAUCGGAGAGAAGGCGAAAGUCAAUACAAUCGCUCCCCACUUUGGUGAAGAACCGUGCAUUCAGGGGCACAAUGGUAGUGGUUCCGUCUUCAUGAGUGGAUGUAAUAUGCGGUGCAUCUUUUGCCAGAAUUACGAUAUCGCACAUCAACAAAACGGAAUGGACUUGACCCCUGAGGAAUUAGGUGACUGGUACAUCAAACUACAAGAGGUUGGCAAAGUACACAAUAUCAAUAUUGUUACGCCUGAGCAUGUUGUCCCACAGGUGGCGUUGAGUAUCCUCCAUGCGAGGGACCAAGGCCUGACAGUUCCCAUCGUUUACAACACAUCGAGCUUUGACUCUCUUGCAUCCCUGCAGCUGAUGGAUGGAUUGGUCGAUAUAUACCUUGCUGACUUUAAGGUGUGGAAGUCAAGCACCUCUAAAAGGCUACUGAAGGCCGAUGAUUACGCUGCAACAGCCAGAGAGAGCAUCAAGGUGAUGCACGCUCAGGUCGGUGACCUGUGCUUCACCGGAGACGGGAUAGCAAAAAAGGGUUUGCUGAUUCGCCAUCUUGUUAUGCCAGGCAAACAGGACGAAGGAGCCGAAAUCAUGAAGUUUCUCGCAAAUGAAGUCUCUACAGAUUGCUUCAUCAACAUCAUGGAGCAGUAUCAUCCAGACGCUCAUGUCGGCAAACCAAAGCGAGCAAAGUCGGACGGCAAAGAAGAAAAGCAGGAGGUCCGAUACGCAGACAUCAACCGAGCUGUCAAUGCCCAGGAAAUCUCCUCAGUCAGGAAAGCCGCAGAAGAGGCUGGGCUAUGGCGCUUCAACGACCCACCGGGCCACGAUGGGUUUGCAAUCUGA